GACGAAUUAGAUCUGGUAACUUUUAUUACAAAUGGUAACCGAGAAGUUCCAAUUAUAGGAACACCCACAGGUUAUGUAAAAAUAUAUCAAGAAUGCUGGAGUCAAGAGAUAAACCAACGUCCACCCAUUGAUAAAGUUGUACAAGACCUUAAAAAUGUAGAUUUAACUGAGAUUGUUAAAUUAAAUAAUUCAAUUAUAAACGAACAAGUGUGUUUAUCGGAAGAAAAAUUCAAUGAUUAUAUAAGUAAACCAAUGCAAAGUUUUAUAUCGAAUAAACGAAACAUCGACUCAAUCAAUAGAGACUCUG